AAAACAGGUUGUUUUGUUCAAAGCAUCACUCUCUGGAGCUCAUCAAUCUGGAUCAGUGAGACGGCAAGCAGGACUGUCAUCACCUUGCUACUGAGAGCGCCCCCUGUCUGUGACACUGAGUGACCAGCCAACGUUGAGCCAUGAAGAUCUUUUAUCUGCUCUUUGCUCUUGUCUUCCUGGUGCUCCAGGGUGCCCCAGAAUUCUCUCAGGCUUGGCGCUCCAGGAAGCGAUGUAAACGUGCUGGGGGUAUCUGUUUCAGUGGACCCUGUCCCAGCCGUUAUAGACUCACUGGAAUCUGCUCUCGAAAGUACAGCUGCUGUCAAUUGCAGUAUCUGUCAAAAACAAUACAGAACGCAAAGGCAGGUCAAAUUAAUGUUGCAUCAGGUACAGCUCCCCGAGAAGCAGUUGGGAAGGAGAGAAUUUGAGUGAUUGUCUAAGCAGGAUCUCUAGGAAUCUGGGAGACAGCAACUUGCUUCUAAAAUCAUCAGAUCCUGCUUGAAUGGUACCCUGGACUGCGGGUUAUAAAGAACCUUGUGAACUGGAGUAAUUCCAGAAGGGAGCUCCUGUAUCACCCAUAUAAGAUUUGUUACUCUCCUUUUAAUAAAAGCAAGUUGGUUUGAGCUAA